CCGCCUCUACCGCACAUCGGCCAUCUUCCUCUCCUCCUCGAGAUCCUUCCUCUCUUCCUCCCAUGGUGCAUGCCAACGGCGACAUCACUGCGCCCCUGCUUGACGUCGGCCCUCCCGAGGUGGCCCUCGACCUCAAUCGCUUCCUCGAUCGAGGAAGCGAGGCGGCGGGGCCGCCGCCGGAGAACCCUUUCGAGUUCUUGGGCGCGACGCCUCUUGUCCUGCCCCAGAUGAGCCCGGUGGACCCAUUCCGCAACCACACACCCCACAUCGCCGGGCUUUACGAAUGGUGCAAGACGUUCUUCUGCCUGCCGAUCGCCGCCGCCCGGCUCGUGCUCUUAGGGAUCGCGAUCGCUGUGGGCUACGUGACGACGGUGGUGGCGCUCUACGGGUGGAAGGAUAAGGAAAGACCAAUGUCGCGGUGGCGGUCCCGCGUCAUGUGUGUCACCAGGCUCUGCGCCCGUUUCAUCCUCUUCUCCUUCGGAUAUCAUUGGAUUAAAAGAAAAGGAAGGCCUGCUUCAAGGGACAUUGCACCUAUAGUUGUUUGUAAUCAUGUCUCAUACAUUGAGCCAAUAUUCUUUUUCUAUGAACUAUUUCCAACUAUGGUUGCUUCAGAGUCACAUGAUGCAUUACCCUUCGUUGGAACCAUUGUUAGAGCAAUGCAGGUUAUAUAUGUUGAUAGGUUCUCACAACAGUCGAGAAAGCUCGCAAUUCAUGAAAUAAAGAGAAAGGCUUCUUCCAAUGACUUUCCGCGUAUUAUGCUAUUUCCUGAGGGGACCACUACAAAUGGGAGAUUCCUCAUUUCAUUUCGGCUUGGUGCAUUCAUUCCAGGCUUCCCAAUCCAACCGGUGGUUGUUCGAUACCCGUACAUACAUUUUGACCAAUCUUGGGGAAACAUUAAUUUGCUGAAGCUCAUGUUUAGAAUGUUCACACAGUUUCACAACUUCAUGGAGGUGGAAUACCUUCCUGUAGUCUUUCCAGAUGAGAGCAAACAACAAAACACAGUUCAUUUUGCAGAGAGGACUAGCUAUGCUAUGACAAAUGCACUUAAUGUUCUACAGACAUCUCAUUCCUUUGGUGACAUGAUGCUUUCUGCAAGAGCAACCGAACUUACAAAGGAGAGAGGCUCAAAUUAUAUGGUAGAAAUGGCAUGGGUUGAGAAUUCGUUUAACAUAAGCUCAUCUGAGGCAGUGUUACUUUUGGAUCAGUUUCUUGCUAUGAACCCAGAUUCCAAUGGACAUGUUCAAAUUCAUGGUUUUUUGACUGCUUAUGGGUUGGGGUGGAGUCCUCUAUGUGAAAAGAUAUUUGGCUAUCUGGACUUGGAAAAGAAGGGGUCAAUAACAUUUCGUCAGUUUUUGUCUGGGUCAGCACAGAUAAAAAAACAACCUACAUUUAUGACUGCUUGUGAGACAGCUUUCGCAAAAUUCAGUGAUAAUCUGACAGGCCACAUCUCUGUUGGAAAGAUGGGUCAUCCCAACCAGUCGAUAGUGCACGGCGCAAUCAGUGAAACUCUUUGUCAGCUGUUUGAUGCUGAUGGUGAUGGGAUUGUCAGCAGAGAUGAUUUCAUGGAUUGCCUACAGAAGCAUCCACUGCUUAUCGCGCUUUUUGCUGCAAAUGUGAAGUUUGAUGACCAAUUGGACACACUAUAACUGCAUACUAUAUUCAUUCAGCAAAUGUAGAAGCUUAUAUUAACCACUUAUUAGUACUUGCAUAUCGUAUUGAUUAUUGAAGAACCACUUUCAGCGGAUUGGCAGCCGACCAUUCAAUUGUAUUUUUUUCCUUAUAUUGAAUGGCGAAAAACACUGAUAUAAAUGGUGCAAGAUUAUGCUUUUCCACUUUGGAGGUAUAUGUAAUCCAUGGACCUUGGAACUUGUUUCAAUAUCGUUCCCAAAA